GAACGUCCAAUCAACGGGUGCCCACCCAAGGGGAAGUUUGGUGACGUGACGGUCUUUUAAUACCGUGGCCGAGGGGUACUAUGCAACGGUCGAGAGGAGGCUAUCACGACUUGAAGGGGUGACUGCGGCCAUGGCGGCUGCCUCUGGGGAGAAGCUUGCUCAUCAAUUGAUGCAGGAAGAGUCUCAAAGUGAGUAGGGAAUUGCAGGCAUGCGGAAGGAACGGCAAGAACGAUUUCCGGAGGGAAAGGCAAGCAUAUGCCCAUUGACGAUCGUGUGUGCUUGUUUUGGAUUGGCUGUACUCGGGUAAGGGCAGGGUCAGCUUGUAAAAUCUGCGGUAAGAUGGACUCUCAGAAAGGGAGAGGGAGAGGAGGAAGACUCAAGAAAAUGAUAGAUUUGGGGAGGGGAGGGGAGGAGGAGGGAGGAGGUCAAGGAAUGAGGGCGCGGAGAAAGGGAACGGAGGAAGGGAGAGGCAGGGUAGGAAGCAUUGUACAGGAGAUGCAGGCAGGGAUGUUAACACCGGUUCUUGGUGGGAACGGCUUCCAGAGUGAUGGAAGACUGUUUCUUUUGUAGUUGGAAAACUCCGUGCAUAUCUUACGACUGUGUUUCCAGCUUGUAUAAUUCCCCCCCCCCCACUCCCCCACCCCCUUUAUUGACUGUCGUAACAGUGUCGUUGCUACUGAACCUUUUUUCUAUAUCUGCUCCAUUUGAGUGGAGGGACGAUUUCAAAACUAUGGUACGUCUUCCUGUUGAAAUGACCAGCGGACUGUCUGUCGUCUGUGUGUGGGCCAACUGGCUCCACUUUGUUCGAUACGUCAUGUCCUUGGAGAAAAUCUGUGUGUGGGCCAACUGGCUCCACAAUGUGGUGACAGCGUCUAGUGGUAGGAGAGAAUCUGGACCAGGUGCAUCCAUCAAGCCAGGAAAUGUUUGUGUUUACACUCGAGAGUUCCAGGUUAAAAAGGACAUCAGUCGACAGUAUCAUGCACACCGCGACCUUUGUGCUGCAGAGGGAUGUAUGUCCUAUGCAGUGAAGACUGUGUGCAGGCACAGAGAUGUCGUAGGUGAAGGCUGGCCCUCGGGCAGGUUUAAUUUUUUGUUCAGCGAAACCUUUGUCGGAGCCAUGUCGGAAAUGAUUCAAAUGAUCACCCUCAUUAUUUAAAAAUACUGUAUGGUUGUGUCUACAGAAAGCCAUUCUCGACAGAACAAAUUCAAGGAUGCAGCCAGGAGGGUUAACUUGCAUGUGGCUUUUCGGAUCCCCUUUAAAUGCAUUUUCUGUACUUGGCAGGUGCUGUUGAGGACCUGCUAAUUUUCCUUAUUGUAAAUGACUUCUCCGGGUUCUCCAAAAUGUCACUAUGAACUCCGUUCCUUCUGGACUAGAGGAGCUGCGGAGACAUUACGGUAAGAGGAGUACCAACUUCUUGAACCGCAUAUGGUCGGUCUCGUCUGUUGAUACUGCUUGUGUAUUGCUCUACGCAAUGUUGUGCGAUACGGUUUGUCCUCCUGUUGUUGCGCACUUUUGUCAGCAACGCUAUGUAGAUUGCUUGGCGGUUGGUUAAGUCAUUUUGUCCAGAUCACCCUUCGCUUGUGCGCCCCUCCCUUCUGAGCUCCAUUUUCUGUUGCCAUGCUUCUUUUCCUGUUCUAAGGGUCGGCUUCUCGGUUUAUCUCUACCUCCGCGUUUGUUCUGUGUCCAACUUUUUCUGUCUCUGUCUUGGCCUUCGUAUAGCCUAAGGCAUCGUCGCUCCACGACUCUCCGAUUAUGCGGAAAUGAGAAUGAAUCCUAUGCUACGAC